AUGAACGAACAAGAAACCAAGUAUCGCAUAAAUAGAGUAAUGGACAUUGAAACACCUACUAGUACAAUAUUAACAAAUGAUUUACUACCUGAAUUUAUAAAUAUAGAAUUGUUAAGAAAAAUAGAGAAUAAAUUUAUACUAAAUUGCCCUUUAAUUGAAGUAUAUAACCAUUUGGAUGUUUUUGAAAAAGCAAAAGAAUUUUAUUCAAAGCAGAACAUUAAACAGUUGACCAAAAGUUACUUAAAUAACUUUUGUGAUUUUGAGAAUAGCUAUAGAUAUAUGAAUAUAAGAAAUGUUUUAAUAAAGGACUUUUUCAUAAAUAUAAAUAAAUUUAUUACUUUAAAACAAAAUAGUUCAACCGCUAUAUUUUCAUUUGAUGACUUUUUAAAAUGCAUAGAAAUAUUUGAACCAGAUAUUUUUUGUAUACCAUCAGAAGAAAUUAAAAUAAACGAAGAAAUAGGAAAAAAAAAAAAAAUAAGGUUAAUUACUUUAAUGAAUGAAUUUUUAGAAAAAAUAAAAACAAUGAAAGAUAAAAAUUUAUAUAAUAAUAUGUCUUUAUGUAUUUUAUCCAUUCCUUCAACAGUUAAUAUAAAUAAUUUAAUAACCGAGCCAUUAAAUAAAUACGAUUCAAUAAUAGAUGGUUAUUUAUUAAGUGGAUUAGGUUAUGAUGAAUCUAACGAAAUAAGAUCUAGUUAUUUAUUAAAUAUUUUAAAAGUUUUGCCAAAAGACAAAUUAAAAUUUAUACAAUUAAGUACUGGUACUCCAGUUGAAAUUCUACAUAGUGUAUAUCAUGGAAUUGAUAUUAUUGAAUCUAAUUUUCCUUAUUACUUGGCAAAAAAUGGAAAAGCUAUAAAUAUGAUUAUUCAGAUGGAUGAAUUAAAUUACAACAGUAAAUUACACGAUAUUAAUCUUAUCGAUUUCAAAAAUAACGAAAAUUUUAUUAUAGACUUAAAUGAUUCAAAAUAUACCUUUGAUUAUUCUACUAUAACAUCUAAUUCACCAAGAAAAGAAAAGCGGUCAUACAUACAUCACUUAUUAAAAUGCCAAGAACUAACAGCAAACGUUUUAUUAACAUAUCAUAACCUAUAUAUGUAUAGCUUAUUCUUUCAAGAAAUUCAAACUCAAAUAAAAAAUAAUAAUUUUUUAUGUUAUAUUAGUUGGUUUAUAGAGCGUCACCAGUUACAUAGGUGUAAACAAUAG